AUGGGUGAAGCCAGUUUGGUGUUUGGUGAGACUGAGGAUCUCAAGCCUAAGAUCACUCACGACGUGUUCAUCAACCAUAGAGGCGUCGAUACCAAGCGGAACAUUGCGGGAUUGCUGUACGAUCGAUUCGUUCAGCUCGAUAUCAAGGCUUUUUUGGACGAAAGGUCGAUGGGACCCGGCGAUAAGUUGCAUGAUAGCAUCGAGUCGGCCAUUGAUAAAUGUAGGGUCGGGAUAGUUAUUCUCUCCCCGCGGUACUGCGAGUCAUUCUUCUGCUUGCACGAGUUGGCUCUGAUGAUCGAGUCGGGGAAGAAGAUCAUCCCCAUCUUUUACAACAUUAAGCCAUCCGAGCUCGACAUAGUGGAAAUUGAGGGGAAUGUUCCUCCAGAAAAGCUGGAGGGAUUUAGUAGGGCUCUUCGACAGGUGCGGUGCACCGUCGGCAUCACAUUUGACUCCCAAAAUGGGAAUUGGUCAGAGCUUAUUUCCAGAACCGUGGAUGCUGUGCAGAACAGUCUCAACAAUGAAACAUACUGA